AUGGAGCGGCAUGAGGCAGGUCCAGAAGAUGGGACGCAGGAGGAGCAGACUGUCCUCGCCACGGACGUCUCGGGCGCGAGACUCUGGGUCAUCCUCAGCAGCGCAUAUGUCGGCGUCUUCUUGGGUGCCAUAGACACCACCAUCAUCGCGACGCUCUCGGCGCCAAUAUCGAGCGAGUUUAAGUCCCUGAGUCUCUUGUCAUGGCUGGCGGCCGCAUACCUCAUUGCCAACGCCGCCUGUCAACCCAUCUCGGGCCGUCUGACGGAUAUCUUUGGGAGGGGCCCGGGCCUGGUGUUCAGUAACGUCUUCUUUGCGGCGGGCAACCUCAUCUGUGGUCUUGCCCAGAGUGACACGGUCAUAAUCGUCGGCCGUGUGGUGGCUGGCAUUGGCGGCGGCGGCCUGAUGGCAAUUUCUACAUUCCUGGCCUCUGAUCUGGUCCCGCUCAGGAAGAGAGGCGUAAUCCAGGGGAUUGGAAACAUUUGCUUUGGCUCAGGAGCCAUGCUGGGUGGUGUGUUUGGAGGCUUUGUCAAUGAUACGUCCUCGUGGGGAUGGAGGCUGGCUUUCCUCGUCCAGGUCCCUGUGGUGGUGGUCUCGGGCCUGCUGGUCUUCUUCCUGGUCAGGGUGCCGCCCAAGAUGUCAAACAAGUCGGCGCUGUCCAGGAUUGACUUCGUCGGGGCCCUCCUGAUCAUGUCUUUCCUCGUCGUCUUGCUGCUGGGUCUGAACGCAGGAGGGAAUCUCGUGCCGUGGACAGACCCGCUCGUCCUGACCACCCUCCCCCUCGCCCUGGCCCUCCUCAUCGCCUUCAUCGCCUGGGAGAGCCGGAGUGCGCAGCCCAUCAUCCCCGUCAGGCUCCUCAUCCACCGCACCGUCUUCACUGCGUGCAUGACGAACCUGGUGUGUACAAUGGCUAACACCAUCCUCAUCUUUUACGUGCCCAUCUACCUGCAGGUGCUUGGCUACUCGCCCACACAGUCGGGGUUCAGAAUCCUCUUUGGUAGUCUCGGGGUUUCCGUCAGCUCCCUCGGCUGCGGGGUUAUCAUGAAGAAGACGGGCCGUUAUCUCGGCCUGGGGAUCUGCGUCGUUCUCUCCUUCGUCGCCGGCGCGGCUCUCAUCACAACCCUCGACGAGAACAGCCCCAGCUGGGUCCCCUUCCCAGCCUUCGUCCUCACCGGCGGAGGCUACGGCGGCAUGCUCACGGUGACGCUGCUGGCCUGCAUAGCGGCUGUCGAUCAUGCCCAGCAGGCCGUUAUCACGUCGGCCACGUAUGCCUUCCGGUCUGUCGGGGCCACACUGGGCGUCACCGUCGCCUCGGUGGUGUACCAGAAUAUUUUGAAAGCGCGGCUCUGGGACAGGUUCGGGUCGCUUCCCGGCGCGGCGGAGGAGAUCAAGAGGAUCAGGGAUGACCUGGAUGAGCUGAGGCGUCUGCCGGCGGGCUGGGGGGAAGGGGUCAUUGCUUCUUUCAUGGAGGCCUUUCGGGGUGUGUGGUUGACUACGCUGGGGCUCGGGAUCGCAGGGUUGAUAUGCGUGUCCUUGAUGAAACAGCACAAGCUGCAUUCCAACCUGGCGAGGAGCGAAGAUUAA